AUGGCUUUCGAGUCUCGAGCGCAUAAAUGGUUCUUCACAUGUGAAGCGGGUCCCACAUGUUCCAACGGACCAACCACAAUCGUCAUAAAUGUUGCCAGCGUCAGCGACGAUCACCGGCUUGACGAUGAACCGAAGACUCACGUCGAUCACCCCGCGUGGUCUGGUCUUUCUCCCGAGCUUCGACUCCCUCAAGUAGGUCGUACGACAUCGGUGGGCGAGAUUCCGACCGAAAUGCCGACUAUGUAG